AUGCUAGUUUCCAGGUUUUACGGUUCUUUGACUCGUCAUAGUUUCUGUAAUAGCAUCAAAAGAACAUCAAGAUUAUACUACUCAUCGAAAGAUCAAGAUAGUAACAAUACCGGUUCCUCCACACUAGGAGAGCAGCUGGGUGAGGAUCAAACAUCACGUACAAGAGGUAAGAAACUGAAACCUUCCAAGACGAAUUUCCUAGUUUUAGAUCCAUCGCAGACUGGUUUAUUGAAGAGAAGACAUACUCCAAGUUAUUUUAGAAGUAAUAAUGGUAAAAAGCUAUCGAUUUUAGAGGGUGUUGAGUUGGGUGCAGACUCGAACACAGGAGCUCCUAGAAGAUCAAGACAUUCAACUAAGAUUUUACAAGAGAUUGAGGCGCAAAGAAUGAAACUAUUGGUAUUCAAGAGCUCAGUGUCCAAAGAACAAGCGGUACGAUCCAUUAACUAUCAAAAACCAUCGACUAGCAAUAUGUCGAGACUUAGGUAUGAUCAGUUAAAGCACUUGUUGGAUUCAGCCUACACUUUACCGCAAUUGAGGGCUUAUACAAAGAAAUAUUAUGGUAUUGCACAUAGCAAGACUACAAAGGAUACAUUAAUCAAAACAAUUAUGGAUGAUUAUUGGAAAUGCGAACCUAAUGAUUUUGUGGAUGAAUCAGAGGAUCUCAUCCUUGAACGUAUUAUUAAUGUUGAUAUCAGAGACAUGUAUUUGCUUCUAUUAACCAAUAAUGGUAAAAUUUUGAACAAUUUCUCACGUAUUGGUGCUACCUUAGCAGUGGCAUUAGAUGAAAAUAUUAUGAUUGUAAGAGGUACAUCGCCCAUUAUUAAAUAUGUGGAAGUUUCAUUAUCGAAUAUUUUGGCUAAUGUCAACACCAUGACAAUGAAUUUAAGACAAUUUAUUUCCAACCAUUCCGCAAGGAAUGAAAUAAUGAGCGAUAUGAAAUUAAAUGAAUUGAUUUCAUUAAUUCAAAGAGAAAGUGCAGUUUUCUUCGAACUAAUGGGCUCAGAACCAGGUGAUGAUGUAUAUAGAAUAUCCGCAUUCGGUCAUAAGAGAGUUUCCAAGGCUCAGAACCUUUUACUUUGGGGGACUCAGUACCAUCCACAAUUGUCGGAAAAGGUCGAACAGCUUCAUAUUAACGGUCAGGAUGUAAACUCAUUUGCAAAAUUCCCUUUCACAGAUAUUGAAAGCUUGGACUGGAUUAAUAGAAAUAAAGACUGGUACAGAUUACAGAAACCUAUUAGUAAAAAGGAUGUACCGCAUAUUGCAGUACCAAGUCAUGAAAAUAUCAUCCCUACUGACGAGAAACUUGAUCAAUGGUACGACUUUCUCAUGGAUCAAAAGAAAGAACCACAAAUGAUGGCACUCAAAUUAGAUGAACCACCCAAGAAAAUGUUUAGCAUGACUUUAGGACAAUUGUUGACCACUAACGAUGGCAACGACGCUUUGUUUGAAACCAAGAUCCCACAAGUAAUGACAAAACUGUUAGAAUUGCCACUUUACGAUUCAUUGACUAGCAAAGAUGAACUUUACACUAUGGACCAACAUGAUUAUUAUGUGCAAUUAAAUUUUAUACCCAAUCUUUCCAAUGUUCCGCAUACAAAUGAAAACGCACCACCUAUAGAACUUUGGUUUGAAUUAGACGAGUACGAUGUUGCCAUUAUCAACUCUGUUCGCUGUAUAACACAAUUACAACAAAGAAGUCUCUUCGUACAAACCCCACAGCAACCUCGAGACAUAAAGGUCAAUGUUGAUACUGUAGCUGAAUUGACAGAAACAUAUGAAGACGGCUUAGAAAACUGGCUAUCACGCCAACCCGGCAUUAGGAAGUUUUUACAGGAUUCAAGGCUCACUUUUCAAAGUAGGAAAAAUUUGGUUAUACCAGAAUCCAUGGAUGUUAAUCUACAUCAUGUCAAUGGUGAAAAAUCCAGUGUUCAAUACGACUACGUUAAUGCCGUUUACCACCGUAUUUUACGUCUCAAAUACAUGGACAAGUAUUUAGUUCAAUUCUCUGAUAUCAAAGGCGGCAGCAGUGGUGCAAACCAUACUCAAGUAGAUUUCAUCGGUGGUGAACUUUUGAGUCGCGAUGAUUUCAAGCAAUUCGUCAAAGACGUCUCACAAUUCGUGUAA